UCCUCCUCCUCCUCCUCCUCCUCUACCGCCAUCAUGACCGUGUGGUCGUACCCGACCAACCCCUUUCUUCGGUUCUGCCUGGCGUCGGUGUCGAUUGCCGUGACGAUAGUCCUCUAUGUGUCGACAAUCCAUCUAUAUGCCGGAUUUGGGCGUCACCGGGGCGCGCCUUGGCAUAGGACGUGGUCCAUCUUCACCGAGUCGACGCCAGGGGAGGAUUUAUCCGUAACCAUACCAGAAGCGUGGCAAGGCAUGAUCCAUCCUCUCAACGAGACGCAUUUCGACACGCUCGAUGACCGCCACUACGACAUUCCCAAAGAUGCGCAUCGCUGGGCGCCGCUAGGCAAGAAGGUCCUCAUCAUCGACGUCGACACCCGGCUGGAUACCUCUAGGGGCUCAAUGCUCGGCACGCGGACACCGCUGACGCCAGAUAACAUCAAGCCUCGCACGGCUGGCAUCAUCAACCACUUCCACUACGCCCUGAUCCACGGGUACGACUACCGUCUCGUUCGCGCCCCCGAGUUCCAGGAUCGACACCAGACGUGGGUCAAGGUGCCAAUUGAGCAGGAGGCCCUCAAGACAUACGACUUUGUCGUCUUCCUCGACGCGGAUGCCAUCUUCAACUACGUGCAAGUCCCGCUCGAGUGGCUCUUCAGCCUGUGGGAGAUCACGCCACGGACGCUCAUCGCCAUGGCCGAGGAUCCGCAUUCGGAGCGCAACAACGACGCCAAGGGCUGGGUGAUGUGGAACACGGGCUUCAGCAUCGCCCAGAAGAGCAAGAGGACGCAGGAGCUCUUCCAGCGCUGGCUGGACUGCCCUACCGAGAGGGGCAAGUACGCAGGCUGCACGCAGUGGGCGUACGACUGGGCGCACGAGCAGGCCGCGUUUGGCAACUACGUGCGUUACGACUACGAUUCGCACAAAGACCUGCGGGCCAUCAGCUGCCAGGAUGGCAACGGCAUGCCAGGGAAGAAUGGCGGCGCCGGGUGCAACGGCGUGUUCGUCCGGCACUACUGGAUCGGCAAGGAGCAGACCGUCCGGGACCUGUAUCAGUUGCUCUCCGACAACAAGGUGCGGGCGCUGCAUCGGUAUUUCCAUGAGCAUAAGGACAGGUACUUUCUGGAUCUGAGUCACCACACGUACCCGUUGAAGGACGUGGUGUUUUAGCGGGCGUUGGGUUGGCCUGCCGUACGGAGUAGGCAAGUUCGUGUACUGGUUAUUGCAUUGCUGGUUUUGAACGACUUCGAGACAUUAUAGACGGGAAAAUGCAAAUUAGAUUGAAAUGUAAUUAAUGAAAUAGAUACCAAAAAAUACGAACAUGAAUAAUACAGGCAGCCUUUGGAUGAUGUGAGCGACGUGGCCUGAAAGCGAUGAAGAUGGUGAGUUGAGAAUUUGAGGUGACUGGAGCUCCAAUGCGACUGCCUUGGGA